AUGACAAAUAAUAUAUCACAUAACCAAAAAGCAACAGAAAAAGUAGAAGCACAAAAUAAUAAUAAUAUUACACGAAAAAGAAGAGGUGCAAUUAGUAGUGAACCACUGGGAGAUAAACCAGCAACACCAUUACCUAAUAUUCCAAAAACAGUAGAGACACAACAACGUUUAGAACAAGCAUUAUCAAAUAAUAUUAUGUUUAGUCAUUUAGAAGAGGAGGAAAGAAACGUUGUAUUUUUAGCAAUGGUUGAAGUACUCUAUAAAGCGGGUGAUAUCAUCAUAAAACAAGGUGAUGAAGGUGAUCUAUUUUAUGUUAUUGAUUCUGGUAUUUGUGAUAUUUAUGUUUGUCAAAAUGGUGGUUCCCCAACUUUAGUAAUGGAAGUAUUUGAAGGUGGUAGUUUUGGUGAAUUAGCUUUAAUUUAUGGUAGUCCAAGAGCUGCAACUGUUAUUGCAAGAACUGAUGUUAGAUUAUGGGCAUUAAAUGGAGCAACUUAUAGACGUAUAUUAAUGGAUCAAACAAUUAAAAAGAGAAAAUUAUAUGAAGAAUUUUUAGAAAAAGUAUCAAUUUUACGUCAUAUUGAUAAAUAUGAAAGAGUAUCAUUAGCAGAUGCAUUGGAACCUGUUAAUUUUCAAGAUGGUGAGGUUAUUGUGCGUCAAGGUGAUCCAGGUGAUAGAUUUUACAUUAUCGUUGAAGGUAAAGUUGUUGUCACUCAAGAAACAGUUCCUGGUGAUCAUUCCACUAGUCAUGUAGUCUCUGAAUUACAUCCUUCUGAUUACUUUGGUGAAAUUGCAUUACUUACUGAUAGACCAAGAGCUGCAACUGUAACUUCUAUUGGUUAUACAAAAUGUGUAGAAUUGGAUAGACAAAGAUUUAAUCGUCUUUGUGGUCCUAUUGAUCAAAUGCUUCGUCGUAAUAUGGAAACUUAUAAUCAAUUUUUAAAUAGACCACCUUCUUCACCAAAUUUAACCUCUCAAAAAUCUUAA